CCCCUUUCCUCGGCGUAAAAAAAAACAAAACUCUUGGCGCUCUCGAAGUUUCCGUGGCGUCGCCAAGAUGGCGGAGUCGGCCGGGCUGGGCGUGUUGCGGCUGACGGACGGAGACGUCGAAGGAGACCCCGCCGGAGCCGCGCAGAAGCUGACAGCAGCUUUAGAACAGAAGCCAGAUGAUGCAGAGAAUUACUGUCAACGAGCUUUUGCUCACAUUCUUCUACAAAAUUACCAUGAUGCCAUUACAGAUGCAAAGAAGUCACUAUCACUUGACGCCAGUAAUGCUGUAGCCUUUCUCAGACAAGGGAUAGGUGAAUACCAUAUGAAAGACUAUGAUUCUGCACUGAAGUCUUUCAGGGAAGGACAGCAACUGGAUAGUGCUGACACAGCUUUUACUAUUUGGAUUCAAAGAUGUGAGGAAGCCUUCAUUGCUGGAUUGCAGAAUGAAGUGGAUGACAAUCGGAUUUUGCAACAUCAGUCAAAAGCACCUAAGAUCAAGCAUGACUGGUACCAAACAGAAUCUCACGUAAUUGUAACUAUUAUGAUCAAAAACGCAAAGAAGGAUGAUGUAAACAUACAGUUUUCAGAAAAAGAGCUAGAUGUAUUCGUGAGGCUUUCAUCAGAGGAAGACUACAACUUAAAGCUUCAUUUUCUUCAUUCCAUAGUUCCAGAACAAAGUACAUUCAAAGUUCUUUCAACCAAGAUUGAAAUAAAAAUGAAGAAACCAGAAGCUGUACGAUGGGAGAAAUUGGAAGGCCAUGGAGGCUCUCCUAAACAAAAACAAUUUGCACCUGUUUCAGAUGCAACACACCUUUAUCCUUCAUCCUCUCAUUAUACAAAGAAUUGGGACAAAUUGGUAGUUGAGAUCAAAGAAGAAGAGAAGAAUGAAAAGUUGGAGGGGGAUGCAGCUUUAAAUAAACUGUUCCAGCAGAUAUACUCUGAUGGCACAGAUGAAGUGAAACGUGCCAUGAACAAAUCUUUUAUGGAGUCUGGUGGGACAGUUUUGAGCACAAACUGGUCUGAUGUGGGUAAAAGGAAAGUAGACGUCAAUCCUCCAGAUGACAUGGAAUGGAAAAAAUUCUAACUUAUUCAUGUGCCGCUUUGUGCUGCCCAUAUUUGUGUAUUUACCAUUGUGUGUGGACACAGCAUCCUUGAAGCUGAAGCAUUGAAUGUUCAUUUGAAGAUUAUUCCUUGAUAUGCUCUAGGAAGACCUUUCUCUGCAGGUCUUAGAGGAAUUGAAGUCUCUUACGGCUUCUGUCCUUGAAGGGUUUUUUGGGGAGAUAAUGCGAACCUAUCAUAACACACAUUUUCUGCUGGAUUGCUUGGUUAUGUAUUUGGAGAGUUAGCAAGACUUUU